AUGGCCGAUGCUCGAGGCCUAGACAAUCCUCGCGAGGAUGACGUAAAAGUCAUCUCCAGGCAUCUGGACCCUCAAUUUACCGGGGCUCCAGCCGGCGUCGUUGAUGGGGGGGCUGGGUCAACUGCAGAUGACGACGACAACCGACAAUCGUCUCUCAAACUGCUAGGAGGCGAUGUACAUCGUGACCUCUAUCGUAUUGAGGCUCGUUCGAAGCGGGCCGGAUUGGAUCAGCGCGCAGCAACAUUUGCGCACCCACCUAGACUGGAAACAGACAACGACAUCGACGUCGAUGUUCCUAUCCGCAAUGAACCAGGAGCUUUCCGCCGGCAGUUCAUAUGGCGAAAUGAGCGUGCCUUCCUUAACGGAUUUGCGCCGAGUAGUUUCGUGAAGUAUUUAGAAUUAUACGGCAGCUUCGCUGGUGAGGACCUGAACGAGUCGGAAGAGGAGACAGAUGCUGAAAGUGGUGGAAUGCCGGGGCGUGAAGUAGACCCGGAAAGAAGGCCAUUGCUUGCCGGGCGUAAAAGCACUCCAGCUCCAGGGGAUGCCUCGGACUUGAAAACUUUCUUCACACUCCUCAAAGCCUUCAUAGGAACAGGCAUCGUUUUCCUCCCAAAGGCGUUCCGCAACGGUGGCAUAUUCUUUUCACCCAUCGCUCUUCUCACGAUUUCGAUAAUGGCGUCCAUUUCUUUCCACUUACUGCUGGAAUGCCGGCGACGGUAUGGCGGUGGGUACGGCGAUAUUGGAGAAUCUAUUGGCGGGGGCCAUCUUCGCACAAUUAUUCGCGUUUCGGUCGUGACUACGCAGCUUGGAUUCGUGUGCGCUGGUAUUGCUUUUACUGCGGAGAACAUGCGUUCAUUUGUGGAGGGCGUAGCGGCCUCUCAUAUAACGCCGUCCAUUUACACAAUCGUCGCCCUGCAGUUAGUGAUCCUUGUGCCUCUUGCGUUAAUUCGCAAAAUCUCUCGACUCGGGCUAGUGGCAUUAGUCGCGGAUGUUUUCAUUUUUUUCGCCAUUGGAUACAUUUAUUACUACGAUAUUUCGACGAUUUCCGGCCGUGGUUUCGAGCCCACGGUCACCCUUUUCGACACCAAUACAUAUACCAUGACGAUCGGAUCGGACAUAUUCAUGUUUGAGGGAAUAGGCCUGAUCCUUCCCAUACAAUCUUCGAUGGCACAACCCGAUCAUUUUGAUCGCAUCCUCUAUAGUGUCAUGGCCAUUAUAACCUUCCUUUUUGCUUCCGUCGGGAUUUUAUCAUACGGGGCAUUUGGCACCCAGACAAUGAUCAAUGUCAUGGACAACUUCCCCCAGUCGGAUGUCUUGGUCAACUUUGUCCGAUUAUCCUUCUCGCUAGCCGUGCUUGUGGGCACUCCGGUGCAGCUUUUCCCUGCUUUGCGGAUCAUGGAGGAAAAGAUAUUUGACCGCGCCUCUGGUCGGCGAAGCCGCCUCACCAAGUGGAAGAAGAAUAUUUUCAGAACAGGUAUUGUUUUUCUCUGUGGUUUAAUCGCAGCAUUGGGCGCCCAGAACUUGGAUCAGUUCGUGGCUUUGGUUGGGUCCAUUUUAUGUGUUCCGUUGAUCUUGUUUUAUCCGGCGUAUCUGCAUUGGAAAGGUAUCGCGAGGUCACAGUGGGCAAAAGGAGCUGACAUCUUGAUAUUCAUCAUGGGAGUUGUCUGCAUGAUAUAUACGACUAUGGUGACCUUGUCUGUACAGUUUAGGUGA